UCUUGGCAAAAUUCUUGCUUCAUAAACAUGGAUCGUUCCAAAAGUCGAGACUUGCUGCUUGUGAUAGUGAGUGCUCUACUUAUCAGUGGCAGUCAAGGUGGAAAUAUACUUGGAGUAUUUACGAGUCUGAGUCCCUCGCAUUUGAUAAUACAAAUGUCAAUGGCAAAGGUGUUGGCGGAGAAUGGACACAAUGUGACUGUGGUGACAUCUCUGAAUCCUCCUGUCACCCACAAGGAUAUCAAGGUUGUACAGGUGCCCCUGACCGAGGAAGAGCAUCAGAGGUUGAGUUCAAGUAUUGGAAACAUGGCGAUGAGGGAUAACAGCAACAUGAUUACAUCCAUGUUUCGGACUAUAUCACAAAUGGGAUUUAUGUUUGACAAAAUGAAGGAAGUGAUCAUGGAUCAGCGAGUCAAGGAUCUGUACGAGAACAAGGACAACAAGUUCGAUCUGGUUAUGAUGGGUUUCUUCUUGAACAACUAUCAACUCGGCAUCGCACAUAAGCUGAAAGUACCCGUUGUGAUGGCGGCUUCAAUGCCACUAAGUGAAUUAUUUAAUAGCAUGAUGGGAAAUCCAAACGCGUUCUCAUAUGUGCCAGUAGCGAGUCAGCCUGUCGAAAAAGGGAGUGUAAUGACCUUCCCUCAAAGAAUGAAAAACUACUUUUCCAUUUUGGCAAUGAAAGUCUUCUUUUAUAUUCUAGACAACAAUAAUAUCAAGGCAUACAAAGAAGUCUUUGGAGACGAUCCAAAUAUGCCAGACUACGAUGAUCUAACAAAGAACGUGUCUCUCGGAUUCUUUGCCUCUCACGCCCUCAGCGAGGGGCCCAUCAGACCCAUUGUUCCCGCAGCUAUUGAGGUGGGAGGCAUACAAAUUAAGGACACGCCCGAUCCGUUGCCCAAGGCGAUCAACGAUUUCUUAAGUAAAGCAACAAAUGGGGCUAUUCUCCUGUCUCUAGGAUCCAAUGUGAAGGGGAAGCACUUGAAGCCCGACACAGUCCACAAAAUGUUCAAUGUGUUGUCAAAACUAAAGCAGAGCGUCAUAUGGAAAUGGGAAGACCUGGAGAAUACUCCGGGCAAGUCUGCAAAUAUACUCUACUCCAAAUGGCUGCCACAGGAUGAUAUUCUAGCCCAUCCCAAAGUCAUACUGUUCAUAACUCAUGCUGGAAAAGGCGGCAUCACAGAGGCACAAUACCAUGGAAAACCCAUGCUGGCACUUCCCAUGUUUGGUGAUCAGCCCGGCAAUGCUGACAGAAUGGUUAAGGAGGGAUUCGGUCUCAGCUUAAGUUUGCUGACCCUUGAAGAGCAGCCCUUCCAAGAGAGCCUCGUUGAGAUCUUGAAUAAUCCUCAAUAUGCACAAAAAGUGAAGACCUUCUCCUCCCUCUACCGAGAUCGACCCAUGUCCGCUCGCCAGACUGUACUCUACUGGACCGAAUAUGUCCUCCGUCAUCAUGGAGCUCCUCAUCUGCAGAGUCCCCUGGUACACAUGAGCUUCAUAGCAGCUAAUAAUUUGGACGUUUUUGCUUUGCUAGCGAGUAUUCUGUUUCUAUUCCUUUAUUUAAGCAAGUUUAUACUGUGCCUUAUAAUCAGAAAACUUAAAAGUAAUGCGAAAAACGUUAAGAAAUUAAAAAAACAUUAGGUAUAAAAUUGCAACAAGAA